AAAAUGGGUUCCUAGGGUCGGGACUCGGUACGCACCCUUGGGGGCCGAUGCGCCAACACAGUACACUUUUCAAGUUCAAGGAUCCAAAUGUGACCACCCUAUAAUUUAGUACGAGCCUCCUCCGCUUUUUCGAGGCAUUUCACAGAGCUCAGCGCUUCUUCUAAGAAUCCAAUGAAUCCUCCACGAAAUCUCAGAUAAACUGAGUUUUUAGAAUGGAGCAGCCCACGGUGCCACCUCCCAUCAAGCCGCCUUUCACUCUUGAGACCGCCCUUGCCAAGGUGAAAGCCGCUGAGAAUGCGUGGAACUCCAAGGACCCACAUCGCGUCUCCUUGGCCUACACCCCCGACUCCGAGUGGCGCAACCGCACUGAGUUCUUUACAGGGCGGCCCGCCAUCAAGGAAUUUCUGACGCGCAAGUGGCAGAAGGAGCUGGACUACAAGCUGAUGAAGGAGCUGUGGUGCUACCAGGGAAACCGGAUCAGUGUCCGAUUUGAGUACGAGUAUCAUGACGACUCUGGGCAGUGGUUCAGAGCACACGGCAACGAGCACUGGGAAUUUGAUGACGAAGGCUUGAUGCGACGGCGGGAUAUGUCUGCGAAUGACUACCCAAUUCAGGAGAGUGAAAGGAAAUAUUUGUAGCAAUUGAAAACACAUACAUAGACACAUAGACCGUGACCAAAAAUGGUCGCACUGUACCUAAGUCGUGACAAAAUGCACCUCAAAACAAGCAUAUUGUAACCUGGAGUAAACAUGGAAUCGACUUUGAUAAUCUGGCAGAUACAGGCCUCAAGUGAAACGUCAUCUGUGGUUGGCUUAGUGCAAUUGUAUAAAACACAUUUCCUGAUAAGUUCUGCCAUGAGACGCUCAACCGCGUCAGAUGCACAAUUAGGUAGACCGACGCAGGCUAGCUACCUGUUGAUACAAACCAGUCUGCCUCCAAUGUUGCUGCAGUGCAUGGCUGCCGCGGCAAGUUUUCUCGAUUCGAUCAUGUAAGAUCAACACUAUCCGAGUA